AUGGAUAAUUUAAAUUCUGAUGAGAGCAAUUACAACAAUGAGAAUAAAUGGCGGAUAACGCAACAACCAACCUUUGAAAAUCCUUUAAGUAUGACAGAGGAAACAGAAUUGAUGGAAACAGUAAUAACAACAACUAUGACAACAUUGCCAACGGAGAACAAUAACACCAGUGAUGGUCCACUAUGGAGUGAACGAGAACAAAUGGCCACGGUUAUCAUAGCGGUCGCAUUCGUGGCAAUCGUUACAAUCUGUGUCGUUUUAAUUAUACUACGAUCACUUAGAAAUCGAUCGAAUCGAAAUUCCUGUGGAUGUCAAUUUAUGAAGCAACAGAAAUCCACUGAAACGGAGAAAAUUAACAAAGGUGAAAAGAAAGGAACUUAUACCUAUAUAACCAACGACAAUCAAAUUGAACCCAAAUGGGAUAUGCAACAACAGGCAGGUGUUGGAGCAGAUUAUGUGACCGAUAGGCUUAGGAAAGUUCCAACACGAAAUCCUGAAAAUAGAAAAUGGUAUGACUCCGCUGCGAUUCCUUUCAUGGAUGAGGUUUCUGCAUCGCUGGAAGACCUAUAUACAGAUCAACAGCAACCAAAGCCACAACUGUGA